AUGCUGCGCCUGCUGGUUGCCGCCAUCGUGGCCAUUGUCGCCGUGCUGAUUUGGCGUCAUUUCAACGCCGCGCCGCCGGCCGCUGAAACACAAGCGGCUGCCCGCCCUGCCGGCGGUGCCAAAGGAGCGGCCGCCGGUGGCAAACGCCGCGGCAAUCUGUCGCCGGUUCAGGUGGCCACGGCCACGCAGCAAUCCGUGCCGAGCUAUCUGAUUGGGCUGGGCACCUCACCGCCGCCAAUACCGUUACCGUCACCAGCCGGGUCGACGGCAACUGAUGACGUUGCACUUCACCGAAGGGCAGCAGGUGAAAGCCGGCGAUCUGCUGGCGGAAAUCGAUCCCCGGCCAUUCCAGGUCCAGUUGACCCAGGCUCAGGGGCAGCUGGCGAGGAUCAGGCGACGCUGGCCAACGCCCGGCGCGAUCUGGCCCGCUACCAGCAACUGGUGAAAACCAAUCUGGUCUCUCGCCAGGAGCUGGACACGCAGGCCUCGCUGGUGCAGCAGACCGAAGGGUCCAUCAAGGCCGAUCAGGGCGCGGUCGAUAUGGGCAACUACAUCACCAGCGGCUCCACCGCCAUCGUGGUGAUCACGCAAACGCAUCCGAUCGACGUGGUGUUCACGCUGCCGGAAAGCACCCUCAGCGACAUCAUGAAGGCGCAAAAGGCCGGCCCGGUCAGCGUCGAAGCCUGGGGGCGCACCAACAAGACCCUGUUGGCGCAGGGCAAUCUGCUCAGCCUGGAUAACCAGAUAGACACCACCACCGGCACCAUCAAGCUGAAGGCGCAGUACGCCAACCAGGACGACGCGCUGUUCCCCAAUCAGUUCGUCAUGCGCGGCUGA